AACGAAUGACGUCGUCGAAGAGAAGCACGACGAAGAGAAAAGCUCCGGCGAGCUUGUUCUAGAGCUGAAAAUGUCCUGCGUGGGGAUGCCCUGUUGCGAUGAUGGCUUCCGAUUGGCUGGCCCCGCGUCGGAAUGCUCCCUCAGGAGCAAGGCUCGUAUCGAUGCCCUUUUCGAGGACUCGAGGUCGAUUUACGGGUCGAAUUUUGGCGGUUGGUACGGCGGCGUGUCGACCAUGAACUCGAAUCAUUUGGAAGAGAUGGGCGCGGACGAGCAGAGGAGGGUGAACAGCGCGGUGCAGGCGAGGAUCGAGGCGAUGUUCGCUUCCGUGGAAGCCGAAAGCGGAACACCCGGUGAAUGCGCCGCUGCGAUUUUACCGGUGAAAUACAUGGGCGCAGCCCCCGUUGGUGGUCGCGUGGCGAGCGUUCGAGGUCUCCAAGAACCCCUGCGGCAACUUCUCGAAAGAAUCGAGGGCUCUGUGCGGGCGGAGCUCGAAGUCUCCAGACGAGGGUUGACUUUCCGCACGCCCGACACCACCGAGAAGAACAACCCGUUCCGCAGGAUCGCCGUAUGGAGCGCGUUGAGGCUUCGCAGCAAAGCCACGCCAUCGGGAGAGCUGCAUCACGCUUUCUUGCCGUUGGUCGGCGAUCACGAACAGAGUCAGGCAGGCGAGGAGAAGCAUGCAGACUUGUACAGAACGAUGCGUGAUCUGAAAACGACAGCGGACCACUAUCCACCAAUAUUUGCAGUAGUAAUGCGACGACCAGGGGCUGCCAGGUUACUGGAAUGUCACGCAUUCGGCUGUGAAACGGAGGAAGAUGCAGUGGCCGCUGCGGCAACCCUUUAUCGAGCACUUGUAGCCGAUUUGGACGCGAAUCGACGUCGACCAAGGCACGCAAAUGGCGUUGGUUGCAUGAGUCUGACUUCCAUAGCUUCCAGCUACGUUAGAGAACCCAGCCCAAGUAGCAGAUUCGGCAUCAGAAUGAACGUGUUGCAGUCAGAGGCUGUUAGAUCUAUUCCUCAGCAUCCUGUGAGACCGCCAAGAACAAAGAAAACCUCCAUGUCCAGUUCAGUGACAGAGGAUGAAGCCGCGAAGUCGCCGGAAUUGCAGAAGGCACCUAGAAGAAAGAAGAAGAAUUCCGAUGUCAAGGCAGAGGACAUUCUGGAGGCUCGAGGAAGAAGAAGAGAGGCUGUUCCAAAGGAGAAGACUAACCCAGCGACCCAGAAUGUCACUUCCGUUCAGAAAAAUUUCGACUCGAGGGUUUCUAAGAAGGAAGAACGCGAGAAUAUAAGAAACAAAACUUUGUUUGGCAGUAAAAAAGAACUGGAUGCUCCUGAAAAGAUCGAGAUAGGAAAUUCUAGUACCUCCGUGAACAAGAUUUACGACGUCGGCGCUAGUGGACUUUACGAGACAGUCUCGAAUAAAUACGAAAAACUUCCGAUAAUUGGCAGAGCGGGGAAGGAUGCAGAGAAACAGACCCCGAACAAAGAAUCAGAAGACGAGAGAGAGAAAAUUUAUGACAAGUCUUAUGGUUCUUACAAUUUGAACAACCCUGUGCAACCCUCGAGAGACACGCCUAAAAAUCAAGAAAUACGUUCCACCAGAUCGGACGCUGUAACGUACGACAGAAUUGAGAAGCCAGCUUGCAAAAGCGAAGAAAACUCAUUGUACGAGCGAGCCUUUAAGAGAAACAGCAAGGAGAGGCUGUACGAAGAUCAUUUCAAAGACGUUGACAAAAUAUACAGCGUUGCUCAAGAGGAAAUUUACAACGAUAGAGGGGGCAAAUUAGCAGCAGGGAAGAUAAAGAGUUCGCAGGAAGACAUAUUUUUCGGCAGGUCUUGCAACAACGAGAUUUAUCAGUUGAAUCGGGAGAAUCGUGGGGAUUCUGUGCCAAUGGAACGAAGAAGGCCAAGGGACCCAGAAAAGAUAACGACUGGGAAACGAGUGAGCAGAGUGGUUACCAUGGACAAACCUUUGAAGAAGCAAUUGAGCGAUUCUACGUCGAAUUUGAAUUUAACAGAGUUUAAUCAGCCGAGAGUUAGGAAGAGAAGCAGAGCUGGAAGCGAGCCACCUGUUAGUAGAUCUGAAGAUGCUACGAAAGCACUUCAGGAGACCAGGUUGAAGAGAUCUCAGAGCGACGUGGACGUAGACCGGGGAGAUUUGAUGACCCGAGUCGAAUUGCCCAGGAGAGGAAGCUUUUUGAAGCCUGGAAGUGCUAGGAGACCCAACAGUGUCAAAGGCGGCACCCCACUGGGAUUCACGGAACUUUUCGACGAAUUUAGGAACCAGGAGGGCUUGACCAGCGUUGAUGACAUCUUGGCUGCUAUUAUUGACCCCGAAGGGAUGUCUUUCAACGACUUGAAACCCCUGUACAAGGAAUUCUUGUUAAAAUUGGCGGCGACACUAACUCAGGAUGAACUAUAUCAGAGGUCAGCGAGUAUAAUGAGAAGACGUCGAAGGCCCCAACGAAGACGAUCCAGUCGACGAACCUGCUUACUUGGCAGGGCUAUUAAGAGGUCUGUGUCGAGGUUAAAGGGUGGACCCACGGAAUUUACUUCCGUGAUCUUCCCGGCGAGACGACUGAACGAUAGUUUUGGUAGUAGUUCUUCUUGCGAUGCCAGAAACAACCACAGGAAUCGUAUGCUGGCCAAUAAAAUGGGCAAGAGGAGAUCUUCUUGGAGAGCGAACAAAUCCGGCAGUCACUACGACCAUUCAGGCAGAAGACUAAAUAGAAGUGCAGGAGCAGCGGCGAACAGAAGCAGCAGCGGUUACGUGAGCUGCAGCGAGUGUAGCUACGACUCAGAGUCCUGCACUUGCGUGUCAGCGGACAAGUGUUACUGCUCGUUAUCGAGGAGGAUCCCGACGGAACUUCACGUGCCUCCAAACACGGUGGUAUGUGCUUGCGACACCGACAGCUGCUCCGAAAGCAAUAAGUGUUACUGUGCUCGACAGCCGAAUCGUCCAACUAUACUCGAGCAGUUAAGGCAAAGAGGCAUCGUGCCCUCCGAGAGCACCCUCAGUCGAGCCGGAAGUCCAGACAGAGCUCGAGUGACCAAAACUGGCAGAUGUCGGACACCUUUCCAAGGUUUGGACGUACCGAAGAAGUCGUCGUCAAGCUACAGCAGUUCGAACAACCUCGCCCUAGAUUAUGACCUGUUUAAUCCAGGACGGAAGUCUCAACAGUCUUCAGACAGCGAAAAGGUGUUAGUCGUUAGUGCCAGGGAUACACAGGGCCGUUUAGUGUACGUCGGUGGCGCUGACAGGGACAAAAAAUGUCUUUCUCACUGUUCCAAUCGAUCUGGAGCACAUCACGAAGCCCUUUCGAUUAAGAAGAGCGCGGAAAUCGCGGCUAUUUUCGGAGCUGAUUGGAAUAGAAUCAGCAGACGAGCUAGCAAUGCUUCCAGCAUUAAAAGUUCCAUUAGUCUGGAGGCUGGAUUAGGAUAUUUACCA